AACAGCUGAUCAGUAUUCAUAUCAGAUGACAAUAUGAAAGAAUUGUUUCAUUUAAUUCGCGUGUGAAUUUUACUUAAAUUUUAAUUUAUUUUAAAUUAUUGUUAAUUAAAUGUAAAUUUAAUUUAUUAUGUUAUAUAUGCAGUUUAUAUAAUCUUUUUGAAGUGAUGUCAAACGUUCAUUUACAAAUGUACAGAUAAAAGUUAGGUUAUGUUGAACAGAGCUUGUUUUAAUGUGACAUAUAACAUAUUUUUUAUAAGAUGGCUAUAAAUUUAUUAAAUCAAAACGAUUUAGGUAAAGUUUGGAAAGAAAUUAUUAUUGAUAAUGAAUCUUGUAUUAUUUGUGUUACUAAAGAACACAACGCUUGGAAAAUUUUACUUUCCAAUUUUAAAGAAAUAUGGUCAGAAUGUUUGACCGAUGAAAAUAUUUUAAACAGAUCUAAGGAAUUAAAUCCCAUUUUGAUUAUCGAUGACAGCGAACUGAUGGAAGUUGUGUUAGACACGUUGACCAAUAUUCCUAAAUAUGCUGAUAAUCCAUCCGUAGAUCAUAUAAAGUUAUUAAAAAACUUUGAAGGUGGUCGAUUCAAAUUUGUAAUAAAUUUUUCCAAAGGAACAACGGAAGAGUAUUGGGAUAAUAUUACAAAACCAUUAUGUUUAUCUUCUAUAGAACUUAUUCGUAGACAGAAUAUAUUAUUAGAUUUGAUUAAAAAGAAAGAUCAAGAAAUAGCGGAGUAUAAAGCAGAAGGAGCAGAAUUAAUAAGAAAAAAUAUUGAGACUAAAGUUUUCAAUGAAAAUCAACUUGAUACGCAUGCGAUUAAAAUUGAUGAAAGUAACUACGUAGAUCCAUUUCAAAAAGUGAUUGAGUUUUAUAAUAAAACUAUUUCUAACAAUUAUGUAAAAAUAGAAGGAAAUUCUGUAAGAUCAAAAAAUUCAAUAAAACAAGAGCGUCAAAGUAUUCCUGAUAUUCUUCAAAGUUCUGGAUCUAAUGUAACCAUCAUAAAAGAAGAAACUGACAAUGAACUUGGUAAGUCAGGUAAUAACAGUAAAAGUAAGCGUUCUAAAAAAAAUAAAAUCAGCAAUAUGAACAUUGUUCCAAUAGUUAUACCAUCAAAGAGAAAUAAGAAUAGUGUUACUGAUAAUAUUUUAUAAUAUUUGCUAUAAUUAAUAUAUGACAAAAGAAAAAAUAUUUUUAUAAAUCUUUUACCUAGAUAAUGUUAGUUACUUAUUAUUAGUAACUUAUGUUAGUUCAACAUAGGUAAUAAUAUUUUUAUAAUAAUUGUGUUAAUGACAAUAGUUAUAUUAAUUAUAGUAUGCUUACAUUAAGUAUAUUUAUAUUAAUGUGCUUCGAUUAAAAUGGUGAGAUGUAUGAAACGAUUAUAAAGAAAAUGAAUUUUUCAAACUCGUAAAAAAGAAGAGUAUGAAAGACAAUCUUAAUA